AUGUUUUGCAUCAGAGUGCUUGAGAUUGCUUGCGUUUUGCUUUUUUCCCAUCCCUCACACAGACGGCAGCGAAAUGACAAACACGCGGUGCUCAAGGCCCACAAGGUGCCGAUCAAAAGUCUACCGAAAAACACCUACUUUGGGAAAUAUAGUAAGUAUUUCCUCGUGGGUUUUCCUUGUCCCGCGCAUAUACUUAAUGCAUACCAUCGAGUUUUUGCGUGUUUUUCUUUCUGCCACUAGGGCCCUCAGCAUUGAUCACGCUGGAGAUAGGGUGGACCAAAACGUGAACCAGAUUGCAGCACUACUGGACAGGUCCGGCGCCCAUGCGGAGGUGUUUUGGCACGCCGAGGCGCAGAUUUCAUAUCGCGCCGGUCAUAUGAAUCAAUCCCGUCACGAAACUACCGUCCGGGCUGGUGCGUGGUACUGGGGUCGACAGAAAGGACAUCGUUUCCACGAACCUUCGGUAUAUUCAUCAUUAUGAGCAGGCUGACAACCUUUUAAUCAUAACAACGCGUUAACAAUCGUCUGCCGAUGAGAUAAGCUGGUGCUGUUGAGAGGAGGAGUCAAGUCACAAUGCCUUUAUCCGAAUGCCACCUGUAUGAAACUCCAGGUCAGAUGGGAUCCAAGCCGUCUCAUUCUCGCUUCGGCGCAUUCUUCACUAGUAAUAUAUCUGACGACCUUAGAAGCUCCCAUGACGCCCUGAAAACCGUGACCAAUCGACUGGAGGUCUUGGUCCUUGCAGUCAGUACUGUGUACUACGGGAUAACUGCUUCGAGGGUUGGGAGUGACGCUCUGUGGCUCCUUCGUAAUGCAUCCUCAAUGGCAUUCACACAAGCAUGGGAUCCAUGUCUCUUUUUAUGCGAAAUUCUUGUGCGUGUGUGGGGGGGGUCAAACCGUCAACCGCCGGGCGCACGCUUAACUCAGGCCGUCUAAACAUUGUCAUUGGGCAAAAGGUGAGUCAGCUGCCUGUUUUGACGUUUUCAUCGAACAAAGCAGACUGCAUACUCCCAUCGUCCAGAGGUCAAGUCAGCUUCCGUCAGCAGGGAGCUGAGAGACACAGUAGCUAGCCUAUCUCAGGCAUUUUCGAUUAGAAAAGUUUACUUACAGUAUGUGGGCUAACUCAAGAAAUGUCAACCGAAAUUCCGAAAUGUGUUUUCGUUUCGAAAAGACGAAUUAAGUAUAGCUGUAAAACUACUCAUCGUGCAGGUAAUUCUAUAAUAAUUCAGUCACCUCAGGAUGCCGGCUUUCGAUGGAAUUCCCUUUCGGCUGCAUGCCCAAAACUUUACUGUGUAAAAAAUGAUUACCUGAUUGGCAUGCAUUUUUCUUAUUUGUUUUCGAUGCCCUUAAAAAUUCUAUAAUAUUUCAUUAAAAACUUAUAAAAAUAUUCAUUCUUCCGCGCAUUCGGUAGAAAAUUACGUCAUGUCCAAAUUUUAUGCUCGUAGGAAGGCUGUAGUUGGGUUUUCAGAAUGUUUCUUAUUGCGAGAUAUUUAAUACCGUUAGAUGGCUGUUCAUAAAACUUCAUGUCUCUGCAUUUACCAAUGUGGCUAAUUAAGUUAACAUUUUUGCUCAAAUCCACUGCUACGUUUUAUGAACCUCAUAUAGUCUCCUCUUAGUACAGUAGAGGAAUGUAUGGUUUCCCGUACACGAAAAAUAUACGCCUUGUAGUUUGGAAAGCCUGAAUGCAAGUGUAACGGCAGGCCGAGUGUGAAGUCAUUCAGAAAUUGAAAGAGUUUUUUAAAAACCGAAUUAUAUACUUUCCUCUAGUAGAGUUAAAAGUAGACGUAACUUGCUACCGAAUGAGUAAAAGAAUGUAUAUUGUGUGCAUGUUUUUUAUGAAAUAUAAUUGAAGUUUUAAGGGUAUCGAAAAUCAAUGGGAAACACUAUGCUACUUACGUAGUCAUUUUCCACAAAGUGAGAUUUUGCAUAUAGACAAAAAGAUGCCCAUUUGAUAGCCGGCAUCUUAAGGCAACUAAAUUUCACGGUAUUAUGCUGCACGAAGAUUAGUUUUAUAAAACUAAUUAAUCAAUUUUUUCGAAACGAAAACGCAUAUCAGAAUUUACGUCGAUAUUUCUUGAUUUAGCCCACCUAGUGCAGGUAGGGUUAUAGAACAGACUGUCCCUGAUGACUUGUCUGAACAAGGAUCCGAAACGUCAGACCGACAAACCUCACGUUUUAGCGAAUGUGUCCUCCCGAGAAAGACCGCCCACUACUCUCGUCCAGGGCUUAAGCCGGUUUCCUUUGGCAGGGAGUUCAAUGAUACGGUAGCUGGUGAAUCUUAUUAAACGUUGACCGAAAUCUGAAACAGAUUUUCGAUUGGAAAGGAUUGUUUGGGCGAGUUCACUAUAUUCUUUUUAUACUCACUUGCCAGAAGUUACGUCCUCUUCUAACCUCAAAUCUGAAGAAAGAGCGUCUAUUGGCUUCCAAGAAUUUUUUAACUUUCAAAUAAUUUUCAACCUAGUCUGCAGAUAAGCCGACGAUUAGAGAUCCCAAGCUAGUGAUGAGUACUUUCCGUAUGCGGGAGAUCUUAUAUUUCUAUGCACCAUUAAGACGAUACCAUACGGGGCUCAAGCAUGUGCAAUGAUGUGAGCCGUUGUAUGCUUCAUAAACGGCAUUAAUGGACAAACAAAUACGAUACCGUAUGAAAGAACAUCUCACCUCCUCAAAGAUCUCAUAAGUGUGAACAUUUAAAAUCGAAAUAUACUUUUUCUCCAAAUAUAAAAUUUGAAAUAAACGCAAGUUGCUGCGGAUAAGUACAAGAAGGCUAAUGAGCAUUGAAAUUCAAUAGGAAGAUUUAUGCUACCUAAGUUAAUACUUUUUACCGACUGUACUUUCUGUAGACAGUCAGGAAGAAGCUCAUUCAGAGACUGGCAUUCUGUCGUAACUGUAAUAUCUUGAAAUUAUGCUACAUAAUAAUCAAUAUCACAACCACACUUAAGUAAUCCUUCCUAAUCGAGACCACAUUCCGGGACUUUGAUCAACAUCUCACGAGUUGAGCCAACAAUUGCAGGUUCGUCGAAUUCACUCACUUCCCCGGCUCUUACCAAUGGCGCCAACAUUGCGGAAUCUCCCAAAGUUCGCUCUUUCAAAAUUGCUGAGGCCAAUAAUUCGACUAUGACAAAUUGCAAGCCAGAGUUCACUGACUCACUCUGGGGAACUGAAAACCCAUAACUCAGUCCGCUUGUAUCACGGUGGCAUCCAAGAUCUCCAGAGCUUUUCUUAUGAAUCCACUUGAAAUAGCAGCCGGAGAGUUUACUUUACUCCUACAGGUCAUGCGAUUACCUCAUAAAUUUCAAUUUCGAUUGAGGCGAACUAUGCUUUAAGGCUUCCCCAAGUGGUGACGUACGUUAGCAUAUACUGAAAGAUUUACCGAAAAAGAAGCGCUGGUUGCCGUUUUUGUUCCGGCUUACAGCAGUGGCCGAGAAGACUUCAAUUCCCAACUUCUAUUUCGUUGGUGCUCAACUUAGCUCAAGGAAUCGGUGACCGCACGACAGAGGUCAGAGGGAGAAUUCAUGCCACAUUCUCCAAUGUACCAGAUUCACUUAGGGAUUUUCUGCCACAUAAACGGUUCAAGGACGAAUAAUAUGGUUUGCCGGAGUCUUUCUAAAUAUGACUGUCAUCAGCAAUAUGAGAAGCUUGCAUUACGUAAGAGAUAUAAGAGGCAACCUUCUGGUAACUGCCUGCGGACACCACAUCAGACAUAGUCGGGCUUUCGAACGUGACUAAACAUUAGCAGUUCAUGUUCGACAGAGGGUAGCUAACAGUUUCCCUUCACUGACGCCCAUUGCACACGUAAAUUAAAUUUCGAACCGCACACCGCAGCCCACUGAAAGGGGCUAGAAAUGCAGAACCUAUCCUGUGUUGUCACAGCAACAAUCCGGUGGUGCACAAACGCAGUUGUGUGGGAAAACCCACUGAAAUGACCUGAAUGAAUGUAAGCCAUUCUUUCGAAAUGUUUGCAGGAGAGACUUUACCAACUGCCGGCUUCAUUCAUACCGGCAGAUGGCGGACAAGAGAUCCUUAUCAGGGCCUUCUCACAUCCCACAACGCACAAGACGCCACAGGCGAAAGACGACAAUUUUCCCAAAUUCUCUGUCGGCAAAAUUGCUGAAUGGUAGCAUACUCAAAAGCGUCAGAUGGAUCAAGGACAAAAUUACCGGUAAGAUAGGGUUUGGUAUCCCCACCUGAUGGAAAAAAUACUGCUGGGGUUGGGGUAAAGGGUUAUGGUAAGGGGUUAGGGGUUGGGGUUGGGUGUGAGGGUUAAAGGUUAGGGUUAGGGGUAAGGGCUUAGGAUUAGAGGAUUAUAGUUAGGGCGCAGGGUUAAUGUUAGGGGUUAACACGACUAUCUCGCAACCAUUCAAAGUACAAACUCGCAUUCCCAAAAGCUUUUCUUUGCAUACUACUUGACCUCGUCGCCUGUGCGUUCCCCAGUUCCACCUGUAAAAACUCCUAUUAUCGCUGGUUCCGUAUUGCAGGUGGCUGAGGUUUGUCUGAUCACAUUGACUACGCAGUUUAGACCGCAUCAAGAUUGUGGUCGCGAAUACGCAUGCACAAACUGGCUGUCUAAAGACGUGAAACGCUGUCCCCGACAUGAAAUUGACCGCAAACAUAUGUUCACGGUAGAAAAAUAUUCGUAUUUCUAAGGAACGUGAAAGAAACGGCCAAAAGUGUCAAAUUUUUACUUGGGCUAGCUGAGCAAAAAUGCCAAGUACACAGAGAUCCGUCAACUGAGUGCAGUAAUAAAGCACUUCUAAAAGAGGCAAGUUAAAUUGAAAAGUUUUCUUAUUUAUCGAAGACAUAUUCGUCGCUGACUUUUGUUGUGGACAGACAUUUUUCUCGAAGAUGAAGUUUGAUGUUUGAUUGAGUCUUCACAUGUGACCCAAACGACCAUAUUCGUGGAUAGGAGCGCCCGAACACUCACUGAUUUGGUAAAUGCCUUCAAGAAUAAUCUUAUUUUAGACUGUUCAACAGACAGGUGAUUCAGAAUCUGUCUUUAUGGAAGAUCGGGUGAAAACACUGAAAAUCAUGAAGUAUUCAGCAAUAUUCCGAGACCCAUCUGAAACUUAACGUAAUCCAAAUCGGACAAGAAGUGUAAAUUAAUUUAACAGAAGAAAAGUUCUCCCUAUAAACAGAAAAUAUUGUGUUUACGAUCACGCCUGUCAGUUCUAUUUAAAUUUAUUAGGCACCGACCGGCCUCAUGGCAUGUCACCUUAUGAAAACUUUUGUUCCAACGACGUCCCCAUCGGUGUAAUCCAGCAAAAUGUAGCUUCUCUUGUUGAACACCAUCUCGUUUACAUCAAAGAAAUAAAAUUAAAAACGAAACACUGGAAAACUGUUUUGGAAUCUACAAUCAGAAUGUGGGCAGUUGACAAACAGUCAUAUAUGAAAUCACAGUACUUAUUAAACGACAGUUAGAUGUAAACUUCACCAAAACACUGUCAUGAGACGUUAUUUUAUGUCUACAUCCAUAUUUACUAUGUUUUUGGUAUGAGAAUACAUUCUCUACAUCCAAAAACGAACUCUCCUUAAUUAGAGCCAUUUCUUACCUUUUCGGGACAUUGCGCUUUUCAAAAUAAAUCAACAUUUAUAAACAACGCAACACAGCCUUUAAUAUUUCUUUUAUGUUUUUAAUUCUUUUAAACUUUUACUUAUUUAACAUAGAAAUCGGACUCAUGAAAUAGUGUCGGUUUGCGAGUGAUUGGCAAUCAUUCGUAAAUUUCGACACAUUUCAUGAGUUAGGUCACUAACUGUAACUUGCCUGUGGGAGUCGUUAUAAAUAGUAUUGAUAGCUACCUGCGUCCUAAACCUCUGAUCGGCGAUUAAACUGUCGAUCUUUCCACCUAUCAGGCUCUUCGGCCUUGAAACUGACAGCCAUCACUACAAUGCUCGACGUCUCUGUUGACUGUCCGACCGCGUCAAGGUCAUCCACCACUCUUGCGGCCGGUUUCAGACACGCUGACCUUACUUCAGUUUACACGCGAAAAUUCGAACAGUCACAGACGAUGGUGACGUGCAUAAACAAGCGUCCCCUUGGUCACUAG